AUGGAUCCCCCGCAUCAGUGUCUUGUCGACGAGAUUAAAAGACAGAUACGCAUCUUGGAAUCUGAUACGAAUAAGAAUCGUGGCGUCGAAGAGAAGAAGAAUCUAGGCAUCAUCGAUCUUAAACAGCAAAAUACCGGUCAACGGUAUCAUAGUGCUCUUCUAGCUCUACUUUCGAAUCUAACCAGUGAAUCGCUCCAGUCUAAAGCCGGAAGCAAAGCGCCUCUACAUCUCGACAACCUUUCUCUGCUGUGGCAGGUACCAGCAUUUUGCAGAGAUGCUACUGUUGUCGAUCAAAAUUACGCCAAGGACCGCAGCAAAGCGCUUCAAGCCCAUCGUUCAGGCAAACACACCUAUACUGCCGAUAUUUGGGAAAGACGCGAAUUAGCACAAUGGAUUUCUGGCCCGGAACCCUCUGUCCUUGUAGUUCAGGGCACUUCGCAAUCUGCAGAGCGACUGGAGAAAUUCAGCGUGGAAUUGGUAGAAUACAUUCAGGAACGGUGUCUGACUGUUUUCCUUCUCAACCCAUUGCCAGCAGCCUUUUACGAAUUCUCAAUCUCCAGAGGUGAUGAUGUCCUGCGCCAAAUUGCUAGCCAAUGCAUACAGAUAAUACCAAGGUCAGGCGAGAAUAACAUAACAUUAUUUCUAGAUAAUGACGCACUAUCCUUUCUAGCCAAGACAACAUCCCACUUCCAAACCGCUUCUCAUGAAGAUUGGUUUGCAAGUAUCGAAGAGUCACUAUCUCACCAAGAGCAAGUAUAUAUAGUUCUGGAUAUUUCGAUUCUUCGCCAGCAUUCUAGAGAUGCAUUUUCCUGGCCCGCUCAAUUUUCCAAUCUGAUCCACAAACUUCGGAGCCAGAAGACAGACCUGAGAGUUAUGAUGCUGACUGGCCGGAGUAUUGAUGGACAUCUUGGAGCCACAACUCGCGUUAUGUCAGUUGAUAGGGCGCCUCAAUCUCCGCCGCAUGUACACGAUUUAUCCAAGUCUCAGAAAGCAGGCUUUCUGUUACCACAGUCAAACAAACCACAAACUCUCGCAUCGCUACCGGCGUCAACGAACAAUACGGAGACCACAAAACAGACAUUUGCCCGGAUUUCCACGCCAUCGGAUCUAGUUAACGGCAUACGAAAGGAAGUGCGCCAACAUUUAAUUGCAGGUAGUCAUAGAAGUGAAAGUGACCUUGGACGUUUCCAAGCUGCGGAUUCUGGGGUGACCGAGAGUUCACCCACAUCAUGGUUCAAGAACUUGAAUUCGAAAACCCAUCCUGCUCUAUAUUCUUCUAGUAGCGCAAAAGACAGCUCAUUCAAGCCUGUUAAAAUUGCCGUGCUAGACACCGGAUUCGCCUACACUGAAGAACACGACAAGAAGUCUCUGAAACCAUAUAUACACCGUAUCAAGAAGUUUGCCAGCUUUGUUGAAAACGAGACGGAUUUGGAAGCCAUGAAAGAUCCUUCAGGCCAUGGCACAGCGGUCGCUGUUCAGUUGCUCAAAGUUAGCCUCAGCGCCAUUCUAUACAUCUGUCGUGUAGCCACAUCCAGCAAAGAUGGCAACCGAGAGCUCUUUCCUGACAAAGAGGCUGUAGAAAGAGCGAUUAAGAAGGCUGUUGAGGAUCCAGAGAAAGGUGGAUGGGGUGUUGAUAUUGUUAACAUGUCCUUUGGAUGGGCUUUUGAUGAUCAUGAUGGUGUUAGAAACGCGAUCCGAUUCGCACGCCGCCAAGGAGUUCACAUGUUUGCUUCUACGUCCAAUGAUGGUCUACUUGGUCCCCCGAAUGACAUUUUAUAUCCUUCUCGGGCGCCAGAAGUCAUUGCGAUAGAUGCCGCUGACGGAUUCGGCGAGUACACGAGAGCAACAGCAUCAUCAGUGUCCUCAUAUGGCAGAGGCCGAAGGUUUAGUGCACCUGGUACAAAACUCACAAGUCCUCAUUCAGCAGAUCUCUACAAUGGAUCAUCAUUUGCUUGUGCCAUAGCUGCAGGUAUAGUCGCUUUGGUACUGGAAUUUGCAAGGCAGCCUCCUCUUCAAGCAAGCAAAUCGGUGCAAAAUAGUUUGAAGGAAAUGUCAGCCAUGAUUGCCAUACUCGAGCGAAUGAGCGCCGAGAAAGGGCCUGACAGGUUCAAGUUUCUCUUACCAUGGACACUCCUCGGCAAGCCUGGACAGCCUAGAGAGUUCACUGCUUACUGCCUUGUGGACCAACUAAGAAAUGAGUUUGGACUCGCUGUAGGGUCGGAAGUCUUUCCUUUGUAA